UCCAAGAAAACAUUGGUUUCUAAAGUUCACAAUGUUCUGAAGCGCUGAUUCGACGCAGAUCGCUUAAACAACGGAGUGGAACGGAUUGAACGAAGUAAAAACAGUGAACAGUGCGUCGCGGACGGUAAUCGCUUACAAUGACGCAGUAUCUGCCACCGAACUUGUUGGCCCUGUUCGCUCCGCGCGACCCCAUUCCGUAUCUUCAACCUCCGGACAAGCUACCGCACGAGAAGAAAUCACAGGGCUACCUGGGAGUCGGAAGUUUUCUCGAGUGCUUCGAGGAUCCCAAGGACACUCCUCCGCCGACGCGCGUCGAAACACGCGAAGAACGCAUCGAGCGGCGUCGCCGGGAGCGGGCCGAGCAAGUGGCGUACAAGCUUGAACGUGAAAUCGCUACCUGGGACCCGAACCAGCUCCUGGAGGCCACGGAAGAUCCCUUCAAAACACUAUUCGUGGCACGCAUCAACUAUGACACUUCCGAGUCGAAGCUGCGGCGAGAGUUCGAAAUCUACGGCAACAUCAAGAAGAUCAUCAUGCUAAACAACAAGAGCACGGGCAAACCGCGCGGAUACGCCUUUAUUGAGUAUGAACAUGAACGAGACAUGCACGCGGCCUACAAGCAUGCGGAUGGUAAGAAAAUUGACGGUAAGCGUGUGCUGGUGGACGUGGAACGGGCCCGCACGGUGAAGGGUUGGUUGCCGCGACGGCUCGGCGGUGGUCUAGGUGGUACCCGGCGCGGUGGACCGGACGUGAACAUCAAACACUCGGGCCGCGAGGAUAACGAGCGCGAGCGGGAACGCUAUCGGUUGGAGCGCGAGCGAGAGGAUCGCGAUCGUCGGGAGCGGGAUCGUCCAGAAAAUCGUUUCGAACGACGCAGAUCUCGUUCUCGUGAUCGCGAACGUCGCCAACAUCGUAGCCGCUCGAAGGAGCGUCCACGGCGGCGGCCCCGCAGCCGCGAUCGAGAAGUGGAAGAGCGCGAACGCUGGGACAAGGACAAAGAACGAGAGCGCGACCGCGAUCGCAGUAGGGAACGGGACAAGGAUCGCAAGCGAAAGCGCAGCCGAUCGCGAGAGCGCGAGCGGGGUGAAAAGAGCCGGCACAAGCGCAACGACCGUGACCGGGAGCGCGACCGUGGUGAGCGCAGUGGCGCCGGAAACGUCGUCGAUCGCAAGGAACGCAAGCCGGAGUUCCGUGAUGGGGAAAUCAAAAUCAAGGAGGAACCGAUCGAUGACUAUCCGGAUUACAGUGCCCAGUACGCACAGUACCAGUCGCAGGUUAAGUAUGAGGACGGCGAGGAGGAGAAAUAUCGUCCGCACGAUCAUGAAGCUAACAUGCGGGCUGAAAAUGGUCGCGGCUACGGCGGAAACGAUGGCGAGGAGGGUGAAUACGACGAUAGGCAGGGUUACUAGUAAGCACGCGAGGUUGACGGGAGUGUCGGUAAGCAGCGCGGAGGCGGGUCGUCGGUGGAGUCUUUCCCGUACACGCCAUCUUCCGGCGUAGUGUUAACAGCGUUAGUCUGUAGCUUCUCAAACUGCUAGAGAAUCCUUUUUUCUGACUACCACAUUCGACGUUUUCUCAACGUAAUCAUGCAAAACACCGAAAUUGUGGACCUUAGAAGAGACACGUACCCAACAAUGGGAACGGAGUAAGAAACGAGGUCGAUCGGAAGCUUCCCUUCCCGUUCAUUAGUUUUGCACCAUGCAUCCGUUGGGUCUGUGUGCGUUUUCCAACACCGCAGAGUUGAGGUAAGAGGCGCAAACCGUCGGCAUGAAGCGCGAGGUACGGGUGGUAAGAUUGGCCGCGUGUUCGUUGAUGCAUUUAUCGGUAAGACACGCACAAGCGCGGACGGUAAGGAAGGUAACUUUCGUUGCUCACGACUCUUAUAGCCGAACCUGUACCCCUUGUUCCGGCCGGCAGUCGGUGCGGUGACUUAACGGUGAUCCAAACGGUAACAUUCAACAUUUUGUAGCACUGUACUUUUGAAUAAGCAAACAAUAAAUUGAACGAUUACG